UCCAGUGAUUGGCCAAUUAAGGGGACUUGUCACUACACGUUGCUGUUAAAUCCAAACGCCGCUUUUGGAAGUAAUAUUUUGUAAUAACGGUACAGUGGCUGCAUAACCGGUCAUCCCAGGGAACUGCCAAGCUGCCGCGUUUUGAACCAGGAAUUAAUAAUGGCUUCGCACUCUCAGAACAACGUCUCAACCGGCUUUCAAGAUGAAUUCAAGUCUUUCGCCACAGAUGCCAUACACGUUGGCCAGGAACCGGAGCAAUGGAAGUCCAUGGCCGUGGUGCCACCAAUAUCACUGUCAACCACGUUCAAACAGUAUGGCCCUGGAAAUCAUGCGGGGUUUGAGUACAGUCGAAGUGGAAACCCUACCAGGAACUGUCUUGAGAAGGCAGUGGCAGCGCUUGAUGGAGCAGAGCACUGUAUCGCUCUUGCCUCUGGCUUGGCUGCAACACUGACUAUAACACAUUUGUUGAAGUCCGGGGAUGGAGUUGUGUGCAUGAAUGAUGUUUAUGGAGGAACCAACCGGUACUUCAGAAGGGUAGCUGGAGAAAUGGGGCUGGAUAUCUCGUUCGCAGACUGUACGAAGCCUGAAGUUUUAAAAGGUGCACUCAAAAAGAACACAAAGUUGUUAUGGAUUGAAACUCCGACCAACCCCACGAUGAAAGUCGUGGACAUCAAAGCCUGUGCUGAUAUUGCACAUGCACACAAUAAGGACAUUGUUGUCGUCGUGGACAACACAUUCAUGUCGGCUUACUUUCAGCGCCCCCUGUCAUUGGGAGCUGAUAUCUGCAUGUACUCUGCAACAAAGUAUAUGAAUGGUCACAGUGAUGUGGUCAUGGGACUGGUCUCUGUCAAUAGGGAGGACUUGUAUGAGCGACUGAGGUUUUUGCAGAAUGCUCUUGGAGCGGUGCCUUCCCCGUUUGACUGCUACCUGUGUAACCGUGGCCUGAAGACGCUGCACUUGAGGAUGAGGCAGCACUUCAAGAAUGCCCAGGCCGUGGCCUCUUUCCUGGAGGCAGACUCACGGGUGGACAGAGUCAUCUUCCCCGGGCUCCCCUCCCACCCGCAACAUGAGCUGAUGAAGAGGCAGUGCACAGGCUGCCCUGGCAUGAUCACCUUCUACAUCAAGGGCAAGCUGGAGCACGCCACCACCUUCCUCAGCAGUCUCCAGCUCUUUGCCCUGGCUGAGAGCCUGGGAGGCUAUGAGAGUCUGGCAGAGCAUCCGGCGAUCAUGACCCACGCGUCCGUGCCGGAAGAGGAGAGGAUCGUCCUGGGCAUCUCUGACACCCUGAUCCGCCUGUCCGUGGGCCUGGAGGACGAGCAGGACAUCAUCAAUGACCUGGACCAAGCACUUGCUGCCGCGCAUCCAAAGAAGAAAUGAGUGUCCGUCGGGGUGUGGCGUACUGGUGUCUUCCAUCGUGCUGCUGGCUGGGUGUUCCUUGCGCAUUUUUCUGCAUAUGAGGGAGAGCUUUUAUUGAAACACGCACACAUCAGGGAACACCCCCCCCCCCUUAUUCCUCUUCAUGGAAAACAAAAAAAUACAGCUUUCUAUAAUUCACAUAUUUUACAUCAUGACUUCAAAACAUGCAGGGCCUUUAGGGUAUAUGCAUUAUUUUGUAUUCUUUACUUCUGUUGCACUUGUCUUAAAUGAAGGCUCAUGUUGGAUCCGGUCUUUAUUCUGGUCCAUCUAAGCAAAUGUAACCCUAACGGUUUCUUCUGUCACUCGUCAUUUCAGUGUGACUUUUGUCGUACAUUAGCGUAAUUAACACCGAGCCCCUGAUGCCUUGUUUGCUUGCAGAUGGGGUUUGGACGGAAAGUGUGUCCAAAAUGAUUGUCACCCAAGAGCCUUGUGACUCAUGGCUUGUGCAUUUAAAUAAGUGCUAUCUUGUUUGUCUGUGUAACAUUUGACAAGAAAUCCACUUUCAUAAAGCCCUUCCUCUCUGAAUUGUCUCAGGUUGUGUAUUUGGGGGUGUGAUGAACAGGAUGAAUCAAGUGUGCUGGGUCAGUCGACGAAUGAAUCACUGACAUCGACAAGACACUGACCUUUUUGUAAGAUUUGUCCUCUGGCUUCAUAACCUGAGUGCUUUUUGGAAGCGUCUGUUUUUCAGUUUAAGUUAAUUGAUUAUAAUGUACUCUUAACUUGGGCAUCCUGAAAAAUGAGGCUAGUGAAAUUUCGUCGUGAGAUGUUUACAUCAAUUCAGUGUCAUCAGAGAUAGUGUUGCUAUCAGGUUAUUUACCCCUAGUUUAUAUAAAAAUACUAUUAUCAUUUUAUUUCUAGUCAGAGCGUUACAGUAGAGUAUUGUCUUUAAGUGUGUGUAACCAUGUUAUCACCAAAUAUGUUUUCGCAUGUGCCUGUGUUUACAAAAGUAAUUUUGUUAGCAUAUACCAAUGUUCUGUGAGUAUUGUGUCAGUACAAAAGGCUGCCUGAGCUGUUAAUGCAUACUGCCACUGAGGUGUUGACAAUGGAUUGUCCAUAGUAUCUAGACUUGACUAACUUACUUAUGCUACCUUUUGUCACUUGCAAGCUUGCAGCGUGUAACAUGCCAUUGGCUUAUGAGUAUUGCGUCUCUCUCUUGACCUAAACUCAACUGUACAAGUGUGGGUGCGUAAUGCACUCAGAAUCUUCCAUAUUCCUGAUAAGGGUACUCAAAAUAGUUUGUCCAGAUAUGCCAGGAACCAGGAUAAGAAGUCAUUAGGGAUAUUGAAUUUGGGGGAAGGUAUUUACAUGCAGAAAUGGAGAGAUAUUUAUUUAAUAUCACAAUCUUACUGAAUAAAUUUACAGAUGGUCAUUGACCUGGUCUUACUGCAGUAAUACCGUAAUCUCAAAAGGACCAUUAAGGUGCAUAAAUGUGCGCUGCUUUUGGCUUUAGACGUCAAUGUGACAAAACUAACUCUUGUUAUCCACUCAAACAGUGAACAGUAGUUAUUUUGUUUGGAGGUGGGGGGUGUUGUUGUGAAGUGAGUUCAUAUUAAGAAUUGCGAAGGAAUAAGUUUCCUUUUAAGUCUUUUUUGAAGAGGUAUUCAUCACACUAAAGCUCCAGUCAGAGACAUGACUAGCAUUUGAGAAAAUUCAAUAUUAGCAGCUUUGACCUUUGCAGUGUGUAGACCUAUGUUCCCUCAGACUUCCACUGUUGUCAUUGGAAACCCGCUUUGAUCUGGACUUUGAGCUUUUUAUUGAACGAUCACUCACAUUCACUUCCAUUUAGCCUUGAAUGAAAUGCAACCCAUAGUCAUGUAACAUUGCACAGCAGGAGAUACUGGAUGAGAGACCCCGGUGUCAAAAGUGGCUCAUUAUGUUCAGACAUGCACUUAUUAAUUUCAUGGACACGCACAACCUCAAUUUCCCUCAGGAUUAAAAAAAGUCUCUUCUUUUGUUACAACUAACCACAAAAGUCACAUUGAAAAAAAGCCGAACUGUUCUUUGACACAUUUUUCAGAGCCACAUUUGAUGAUAUGCAGGGUUGCCAGAUUGGGUGUUUGGUUUCCUGCAUUGGGUGGGUUUUUCUGUAGAUGUAAUAGCCAUGGCAACCAACAGAAUUUAGUGCACAUUUGAUGGGAUUUACUGCUUCCAGGUGGUUUUGAGCAUUUAUUGGGCAGUCACAUCUGGCAACCCUGGGGAUAGGAGUGUGGGGGAUGGGAUGUUUAGGGUACAGAGGGUACACUCCUCCUGACCGUGAAGAAUACGGUUGGAUUGGUCUUUUUUCCAUAAUAUCAAUAUAAUAUUUCAGCAAUGGUCAGUUAGCUUACACUAAUUACCCCAUCUUGACACGUAAAGUGUGUAGUUGCUUGUCUCUUUAAGGGAAAAAUACUGUCUACAACUGUUUUUCUUUUUUUUUAAACUUGUCUCCCAUCUGUUGCACCCCAAAAAUAUAAUUUAGCUAAGUAACUUCAAUCUUCUGAUGCAAGGAUACAAGGGUAAAUGAGCCAAUGAACGCUUGUUAUGUGUGGCCCCAAUAAAGAAAUGUUUCUUUUACAA